UCGCAGCUGCCUGCCCAGCGAAGAACAGGAGGACCUGUGCCCUCAUCCUGUACCCACCUGAUAUGGCUACUCUCGAGGCCCCUUCGAUGGCCGAGCCUCAGGGAUACGACGGCAGCAAAAGGACCAGCAGCUUCCGCCAGACCCCAGUGGCCAGGCUGGUGACGGUGGACGAGGAGGCGCAGGGUGUUUUCAAGCCUGUGGACCUUAAGCGUGUCAUCCGACUCCUCAAAGAAACUGAUGCAGAUGAUUUAGAAGAAAAACAACUGAAAGCUGUCAAGAAAGUGACGCAGUCUUAUCAGAAUGGACUUCCGUUAAGGGAUUUAGCACAGAUAUUUACAAUUCUGAGUCUGUGUGCAGAAAAAAUUGAACACCAUCCUCGUUUUAUAGAAUCUACAUAUGAUAUCCUACAAUUGUGUGGCCUGCCAUUUUUGAAAAAGAAAACUUCGGACGAGAUAACUUAUGCUGAAGACACUGCUAAUUCAAUUGCACUCCUGGGUGACUUAAUGAAAAUACCAAAUUCUGAAUUGCGGAUACAAAUUUGUAGGUGCAUUGUUGACUUUUAUCAUUCAGAACCACCAAAGAAGCAUAUUCCAGGUUACCAGCCAGCUAGCUCAUCCUACAAGAUUAAAAUGGCUGAAGUUGGAGGGCUGGCCAAGAUGAUGGUCUGGUCAAUGACCUUGCUGGAGAAUCAACUUGCUGAGAAACUUUGGGUCCUCAAAGUCCUACAGCAUCUCUCCACUUCCGAAGUGAACUGUACUUCAAUGAUGGAAGCACGGGCAGCCAGGGAAAUCUGUGCUCACCUCAACGACCCAGACCCCUCUGGACAGCUGCUAUUUCGCUCUUCGGAAAUACUGUGGAACUUACUGGAGAAGUCUUCCAAAGAGGAAAUCAUACAACAGCUCAGUAACUUGGAGUGUUUGUUGGCUUUGAAGGAAGUAUUUAAGAAUCUGUUUAUGAGAAGUUUUAGUCAUUAUGAUCGUCAGCUUAGAAAUGAUAUAUUAGUGAUCACUACAAUUAUAGCUCAGAACCCCGGAGCACCAAUGAUUGAAACAGGCUUUACCAAGGACUUGAUAUUAUUUGCAACCUUUAAUGAAGUUAAAAGUCAAAAUCCUUUGGUAAAAGGUCUUAAGCUUUCAAACUCCUAUGAAGAUUUUGAGUUGAAGAAAUUGUUAUUUAAUAUAAUUGUGAUCUUAUGUAAAGAUUCCACUGCUGUCCAGCUCCUAAUCGAUGGCAAAGUUGUGUUGGCUUUGUUCACCUACGUGAAAAAGCCUGAAAAACACAAGGUAAUUGAAUGGUCUCUGGCCCAGCACGAAGAGCUGCAGCUGCAUGCGGUGGCCACGCUGUCCUCAGUGGCUCCCCUGCUGCUGGACGACUACAUGUUGUGCCAGGGAAACGCCCGAGUUCUCGCCUUCCUACAGUGGUGUGAAAGUGAAGACUCCUUCUUCAGUCAUGGCAACAGCUUUCAUGGCUCGGGCGGCAGAGGCAACAAGUUUGCGCAGAUGCGGUACAGCCUGCGGCUCCUGAGGGCCGUGGUCAACGCGGAAGACGAGGCUGUGAGCGCCGACCUUUGUGCAAACGGGGCGAUCCAGCAACUCACAGGGAUGUUUACAGCUAUGAUAAGGAACCCUCAUGAAAAUGAAGAGGCUAUUGUUCUGGAAAUCCAGUCGGAUAUAUUGCUCAUCCUGUCUGGUCUUUGUGAAGAUCAUGUUCAAAGGAAGGAAGUGUUUGGAACAGAAGGAGUAGAUAUUAUUCUUCAUGUAAUGAAAACAGACCCGAAGAAGUUGCAAAGUGGCUUGGGUUACAAUGUACUUCUUUUCAGUACGUUGGACAGCAUUUGGUGUUGUAUUUUGGGAUGUUACUCCUCCGAGGAUUACUUUCUCGAAAAGGAAGGCAUUUUUCUCCUUCUGGAUGUGUUGGCUUUGAGCCAAAAAAAGUUCUGUAAUCUAAUACUUGGAAUAAUGGUUGAAUUUUGUGAUAAUCCCAAAACUGCAGCUCAUGUCAAUGCUUGGCGAGGGAAGAAAGAUCAGACAGCGGCUAGUCUUUUAAUUAAAUUAUGGAGAAAGGAAGAAAAAGAAUUAGGAGUAAAACGUGAUAAAAAUGGGAAGAUUAUUGAUACAAGGAAACCUCUUUUUACUAGCUUGCAAGAAGAACAGAAAGUGACGCCGCUGCCUGCCAACUGCCCUUCCGUUGCGGUAAUGGAUGUUGCUGAGAACAUCCGAGCAAAGAUCUAUGCUGUGCUGGGCAAGCUAGAUUUUGAGAAUUUACCAGGCCUGUCUGCUGAAGAUUUUGUCACCCUUUGCAUCAUCCAUAGAUAUCUUGAUUUUAAAAUUGGAGAAAUAUGGAAUGAAAUAUAUGAAGAAAUAAAACUGGAACAGUUAAGGCCAGUUACUACAGAUAAAAAAAGUUUGGAGGCUAUUACAACGGGAUCAGAAAACAUUGGAAAGAUGGUUGUUUCUCUACAAAGUGAAAUGAUUGAAAGCCAAGCACGCCAAGAUGUACAAAAUGAACAAAAGGCUUAUGCCAAAAUCCAAGCUACACACAAACAAAGAGAAUUGGCUAAUAAAUCAUGGGAAAGUUUCUUGGCUAGAACAUCAAAUGUAAAAACGCUAAAGAAAGCAAAAAAGCUUCAGGAAAAAGCUAUAGAAUCUUCUAGACAUAGUAUACGACCACAAAAUGCAAUAUUUCAUCAGACAGACAUUAAAGGCCUUAACACAACGGUGCCAUCCGGUCGAGUGGUCGCGGUGGAGAGCACCCCUGUCCGGCUCCUGGGAGGACCCCUGGCUGACACAGACAUUGCUCUGAAGAAGCUGCCCAUCCGUGGAGGAGCCCUGCGGAGGGUGAAAGCUACUAAAACUGCAGAGGAGCCCAAGAAGGGUAUUCCUACCUGAUGGUCUCGAGAGACUCAGGAGAAUAAAUUCUGCUUCUGAUUUUUA